AUAUGAACUUUUACAUUGUUGGUGAGGGUCAGAUUCCCUACCUUAUAAUCCCCUCUCCCAUUUCUCCUGUCCCCAAAAAAAAAUAAAAUCAUCAGCUCUAUUAUAUGUUUAUUAACUUCUUCUGAACAGUAUUAUGAAAGUAAAGCUAAACUAGUAAUAAGAUUUGCACUCCAACAGCACCCACAAAUUUUUUAGCUUUAUGUGGGAAGAGACGAAAAAGUUGGUGUUUAUAGGGAAAAUGUGGAAGAGAAGGUGUUGCGGAGGUGUAAAAUGGGGUUAGAAUGGUUUUUAGAAAAUGGGUUGAGGUUUAAUUCAAUUUUUUGCGCGGAUUGUUAUAUGCUCUUCAGAUGAACUGAUCUUUAAUUUUUGUCCCUAAAAUCGCUAGUUUUUUUUUUUAUUUUUUUAUUUUCGUCCUUGCUUACUUUUAAUGAAAAUUUGUGAGCCAAAGUACCCUGGGGUACAAAAUUAGAGAUUCUAGGUUCAUUUUUUUUUUUUGCCCAGAGUGCCCCUUUUUUGGGGUGGUCUUUAAUUUUUGGCCCUCAAAUUUCUGGUCUUCGCUUAAAAAGGUGGCCAAAAAUAUCCCGAGAUUCUGAAUUCGAACUCCCACUUAGUCAAAAAAAAAAUCGCAAGGCAAGAUUUUUGCAAAAAGUCUGCCUUAUGCGGGAGAAUUUGCCUUAAGACAUAACUAAAAGUUUGUCUAACAAGGCAAAGUCUGCCGUAUCCGGCAUAGGUUCUAUGUAAUUUCGCCCGAAUAAGCAUAGAUUCUGUGUCACUUGCGAUUUUUUUUUAUUUAUUUUCGACUCUGCUGGGUUUUGAAACCCAGAACCUUGGAGAAUUUUCGGCCAUCUUUUUAAGCGAAUUGAGGGACAAAAAUUAAAGACCCAGUACGUAUGAAGGGAAUUGUGCAAAUUGCCCUUAUAGGUUCGAUUCCCGGCAGAGUAAAAAUAAAAAACAAUUUUACAUAACAAGGUUUCUAUGAAACUAUGCCUUGUCCGACAUAAUUUGUACAAUAAUUAAUUUGCUCGACAUAAGUUUAAACUCCUACAAACUUUGGCUUGUCUGACAUAAGUUCUACGUAACUUUGCCCAUAUAAGCAUAAUUUCUAUAAAACCUUGCCUUGUGAAAUUAGGUCAUAGAUUCGAUUUUUUUUUUCCAAUGUCAAGAAUAUUUUCGAUCACAUUUUAAUUACUUAAAAUGCCGAAGGGAAAAAAUUAAAGAAGUGUGAUUUGAUGGGCGCAUAUUAAAGACCAUCCCAAGAUAGGGGCAUUCGUGCGAAUUGCCCGGUUUAGUUUGGUGUAGUUUUGCGGGUUGCGGGUCAGGUUAAAAAGAGUAGAACGGGUAAUUUCAAUUGAAAUCAGGUUAUUUAGAUGGAUUUUGUGGUUUCCGUCAAAUGAUGGAUAUUUUUGAUAAUUUUAGUAACAACCGGGACAAAAAUAGCUCAAACUUGACCCUUUUGCCCUUAUUAAUACCACACGUCGGACUUAUCACAAAAAAAGAUCACUGGGCAAAAUUAGGGCACACCGAAUCAUAACAUCACUUUCACAUACACUGCUAAUAUUCCAGCAAUUCAGUAAACAAGGCAAACUUUACUGUGGAGAGUUAUUCCUCCAUUGAAGAUGAAGAGAAUUUCUCUGUUUUGCCCUCCAUUGAGAGUUAUUUCCCAUUCUUGUUUUUGGACAUUUACAAUCAGAGCAUAUUCUUCAAGUCAUAGUAAUACAUCUGUUUCUGCAAAGGGUAAACUUGGGUUAAAUAGCAAGAUUGAGAAUGUUAAGUGUUUAGAUGAUGCUGUUACUCUCUUCCAUCAAAUGGUUAGAAUGAAGCCUCUUCCUUCAGUUAUCAGUUUCUCUAAAUUAUUUAAGACUAUACUAACUAUGAAGCAUUAUUCUGCUGUGGUUUCUCUUUUUCGAGAAAUGCAGAUAUUGGGUAUCCCAUUUGAUGUAUUCAUCUUGAGUAGUGUGAUUAACAGUUAUUGCCUGAUGCAUCGUGCUGAUUGUGCGUUUUCGAUGUUACCCAUUUACUUGAAGAAUGGCAUUCCAUUUGAUAAUGUCACCUUUACCACCCUAAUAAGGGGAUUAUUUGCUGAAAAUAAGGUUAAAGAUGCGGUUGAAUUGUUCAAAAAGUUGGUCAAAGAGAAGAUUUGUGAGCCUAAUGAAUUCAUGUAUGCAACUGUCAUGAAUGGGCUAAGCAAAAGGGGUCAUACUGAGAAGACUUUGAGUUUGCUCCGGUUAAUUGAACAGGGGAAUGCUAAGCCUAACAUAUAUAUCUAUAGCAUUGUUAUAGAUGCACUUUGCAAAGAUAGAAACUUAAAUGCUGCAAUCAACCUUUUGAAUGAGAUGAAACAGAAGGGCAUUCCUCCUAACGUAGUCACAUAUAAUUCAGUAAUUGAUGGUUUAUGUAAGUUCGGUCAGUGGGAAAAAGUAACGACUUUGUUCUCUGAGAUGGUAAAUCGUAAUAUUUAUCCAAAUGUGCGCACCUUCAACAUAGUGAUAGAUGGAUUAUGUAAAGAAGGAAAAGUUGAGGAUGCUGAGGAAAUAAUGAGACACAUGAUUGAAAAAGGUAUAGAGCCUGAUAUAAUCACCUACAAUGCGAUAAUGGAUGGACAUUGUUUGUGUGGUCAAAUGAAUAGAGCGAGGAGAGUUUUUGAUUCCAUGAUAGACAAAAACAUUGAACCUGACAUUAUUAGCUAUAGCAUACUAAUGAAUGGAUACUGUAAGGAAAAGAAAGUGGAUGAGGCCGUGCAAUUGUUUGGUGAAAUUUCUCAAAGGGGAUCAAAGCCUGAUAUUAUUACCUACAACACUAUCUUGCAAGGGCUGUUUGAUAUUGGAAGAAUAGGCGAUGCAAAAAAGUUCUUUGAUGAGAUGCUAUCUACAGGGCCCACACCUGAUUUAUACAGUUAUGGCACUUUGCUCAAUGGUUAUUUCAAGUAUGGACUUAUUGAAGAAGCUGUAUCACUCUUUAAUAAGUUGGAAAGAAAGGGAGAAAAUGCUAAUAUUGAAUUUUAUAAUGUUGUCAUUAACGGGUUGUGCAAAAAUGGUCAACUCGACAAAGCUCGUGCUAUUUUUGAGAAGCUUUCUUCAAUUGGAUUGCUUCCGAAUGCUAGAACGUACAAUACAAUGAUAAAUGGAUUUUGUCUUCAAGGGUUGUUAGAUGAAGCUAAAGAUAUUCUAAGAAAAAUGGAAGACAAUGGUUGUUUUCCAAACAAUGUCACUUACGAUGUUAUUGUGCAAGGAUUUCUUAGGUGCAACAAAAUUAGUGAAAUGAUAUCUUUCAUGAAGGAAAUGGCUGGACGGGGCUUCUCAUUUGAUGCAACUACAGCUGGGUUUUUGGUAAACGUUAUAAGGGAGAACCCUUCUGUCCUUGACAUGAUACCAGAGCUUCACUUGAAAAAUAAGAAGUGAAUAUUUCUUUCGCUUGGUCUAUUCGGCUACGUUAUGGCUGUGACACAUUUUCCUUUUUAUCCCUCCAAAAGAAAUGUCAUCCAAUGCAAUCGUGGAAGCAGAAAAAAUGGCAAUUAAAUCGCUGCUUGGGCUUUGCAGCAGGCUUAUUGAGGAGAAUAGGCUCAUCAAUGUCACACCAGAAACUAAAGUUCUGAAAGCGACCCAACUGAUGACAGAUAACCGCAUCAAGUACAUUCUUCUUGUUAUCCGUUGGAGAUAUUGUUCAUGUGGUUGCAAGUGAGUGUAGGGAUGAGCUGAACUGUUUAAAUGCCUACAUACAAGGAGGUUAUUAAAUGAUGAUGACAAGAAAUAAAUGGAUCAUAUGCCCUUAAUCUUGUAGAUAUCAACAUGCUUGGGUCAACUGCACUACUUCUGCAGUUUAGUGUGCUUAUAACUAGCAGUUGUUUUAGAUGCUUAUCAACAUGAUUCAAAUUGUGAUGUUUUAGAAUCCUUGUAGAUGAUAGGGGAGCUGUAAGUUGGUUACUUUACAGUCCUGUAAUUAUGGAUGAUUGUAACAGUCCUUGUAUAGUCUUACUAUCUAUAUAAUAAAUGUUACAUGUUUCAAAAAAAAAAAAAAAAGAGAGAGACUAGCAGUUGUUUAAUAUUUACAUAUUCUUUCAAUUAAGCUCAAGAUGUUUCCUGUGUUAGCACAAUGGAGAACAUAAUAGUCAUCUAUUCAUACACUGUAAAGUGACUGGCCAGCUGUGACUCAUAUUUUUGAGCAUGACAGGUCUGAAUUGGGUCAUGCCAGAAUUUAAAGUCCUAGUUCAUACUUGUUCUCUAGGCUUUUAAAUACUGCAACAUCUAGUUAGAGCAACCUUCCAAAAUGGUGACUCUGCCCCGUUUUCUAAAAUAAAACUUUUUUUUUUUUUUGUAACAUGUCUGUGCAUUAUGAAGGGGAGCAGCCUUGGCACAAUGGAAAUGUUGCCACCGUAUGACGAGGAGGUCAUGGUUUCAACUAUUGAAAACUUCUUUUUGACAACCUGCCAAAAUGUCCAAUCAAAUCAUCUAGUCAAAAUAGUGUAAUCCGCUAAUCAAUAUUUAACACAAACUCAAAUAUACAAAAUCAGAUUUGGAGAUACACUAAUUUGAAAUAAUUUACAUUAACUUUCACAGUUUGUUUUUAAGCAAAAAUGAAAAAAGGAUAGAAGUUUGGUCAUGUUAAACAUGUUUGAUCAUGAUUCAUGACCUUACCUAUAUUUUAUCCACUUCUCACUUGCCAUCUCUAAAAACAAUCACAUGGAAGUUAGUUUGGACAUUUUAAAUAUGUGAAGACUCCAACUGAAGUGACUGACAUUUAAGGCACCCUCUGGCCUUUUUGUUUUCUCAUGGUUUCUAUAUAGGAGAAGGAGCGAAAGAGAGAAAAAAAAAAAGAGGAAAAUUUCAAGAAAACUAAGAACUUAAAAGACGGAAGAACAAGCACUCUUACUGCUGCAUGUCUAAGGGGAGGAGCUCAUGCUUAUUAGAUUUCUUUUGUGGCCAAUCAAUACAAUGUCCAGUAAUCUGUUCGUAUUGACCUGGACAGGAGUUUUACGGAGAAAACUCGAGUGGACAGCUAUGGAGGAUGAAAAGGGAAGAAGAUAAAGGAUAGAAUUCAAUCGGAAAACUUUAGUAUAUUCAAUUGAUGAUGAAUUUGUAAUGAUACAAUGCCUUUUAUUAGAAAUGAGUUAGGGAUGAUGGGGGUGGUAAUGCCACGUGGCAUCCACUCAUCAAAUAUCACUGCCACGUAACUUACAUACAUAGUUUAGUUUCUGAACUUCUAACCAACUAGAGCUACUUUUUUCUUAAUUACAAUUCGUAGCUAUUUUUUAGCUAUUUUGCGUGUAUUUAUGUGUAUUCAAAUGCGCAGU